AUGGACAUCACCGGCUUUGUGUUUGUCCAGCGCGAGGAUGUUCUCCUCGCUGGUGACUAUAAUGCCUAUCGUGCUCACUUAACUCGCAAGUUGCACAAACUCCACAAGAAGCUUGGUCGGACCACUCCCAAAGGUCGAAAAUACACUGCCAAACCGCCGGUCAGUGCAGAAAACAUCAAUAAUAAUGUGGCUUAUGUCCAUGUCCUCCUCUUGAACUCCGAACGAGCAUGGGCACAGGCCAUGCACAUGAAGUCCGCACACUCCGCAGAUCCGUCAGCGAAGGGGAUUGUCGGGGCUGUCAGGCGCCAGGUUGUCUCACGACUUAGUAAAGCGACGGGUUACGCGAAACAGCUGGUUCUCCUUCUAGAGGAUCAGGCGUCUUCAGGUGCUACUGACAUUGAUGUCCUCGAAGCACGCGCUUACCUUGCAACACUCUCGGGAGCUCUAUCUCUUGACAAGCGCAAGUGGAAACAGUGCGUGGAGAACUACUCCAUUGCUAAGGUUAUUUACACAGCUCUUGGUCAAAAAUCUAAGCAAGAUGCCUUUCGGGACCUAGUGUCCAGUACUGUCGACCCCAGCCUAAGGUACGCAGCAUAUCAGAUGAAACUUCCCCGGUCGAAAUCUCUCUCCUCUUUGGCCAUCAGUUUCUUCCCGUCGGACGCUCACGUAAGGGCUGAGAUUGGGAAAGUGGACCCCAAUUGCUUUAACGAGGAGGCUUCGGGAGCGCAGAAAACAGCCAAUGGGGAGGUGCAGCAGCUUCCUGAACAUAUUACGUGGAGGUCCCGGACGGUGGCGUUGGAGGAUGCAGCGAUUUCUCAGGCUCUUGCGGCGGCAGCAGCAGCAGAAUCUCGCCUUACCUCGUGGCUUGUCGACGCGUCGGGCAAAUCUGCUUCUUCAAAGGACAAGGCUGCUGCCUAUGAUAGUGUCAUUAUUGCAAGCCAGGAUGCGGUCGACGCAACUAAGACGGCCAUAGAUGAUCUUGUCGCUGAAGGCGUAGACUCAGGAGACAAGAGAAUGCAGAACUUGCAAGUUACCCGGACCGCGGUGAAUUAUGCCCUGGUGGGAUGGCGAAUCGGACGCAACCGCGUUUUGUGCGGUGAACAAGACGGCAUUUCUUUCGACACCGAUCAGAUCAAAUCGCGCAAAAGUGGAAAGACUCCAGGGAAACACGACGAAGCCAAGGGUAAGAAGCUAGCGCGCCUACGCGAGAAGGUCGUUUUGUACGAUUCUACUCUACAGAGUAUCGAAUUUAUUCUAGAGCUACCGGGAGUUGCCGCAGAUUCUGUGUUCGUGGAGGAGAUGGAAGCCAAGAAUUCUUACUUCCGUGCUUUGAGGUGCCUUGCCAUCGGACGGUCUCACGCUAUACUUGGAAAGUCCCAGAACGCGCUUGCAUUGUUUUCGCAGGCCCUGACGCUUUCUUCGGAGUUGUCCAGCACGGUUCAGCCAUCGGCCGAAGGACCACCUCGCCUGGACGUUUCGCGCAGCCAGUUCCAAACGUUAGCGUCGACUUUGCAAGGAUUGGUCGCACAGUACCGUGGUCUUGUUACAUUAGAGAAACUGUCCGAAGAACAGCAGUCGAAGUCUGCCAGCCAACGUCCUGCGAUUGAACGGCUGCACGAAUAUUCUGGCGAUGGAUUGGAUUUCGCCAAUCUCGUCCCGUAUCCGCCUCAGAUGCAACCGAUUCCCGUGAAGCCCCUCUUCCUGGACGUUGCAUGGAACUAUAUUGAUUAUCCCCGGGAGAGUGCCACCGGCCAGGAUGCCCCUCCGAUCCAGGCUGAGCCCGAGACGGAGAAGAAAAGUGGUCGGCGAGGCUGGUUUGGCUUUGGGCGUUGA